CGCCACUUUUCCUGCCAUCGUUUCAUUUCGUUUUCUACGCAACGUCUUCACCUCUAGGACACUAGAUCAACUGUGCGUUACUCUCUGUCUGUCUCUCUCUCUCUCUCUCUCUUCGCAAUGGGACGGCGCAGGGGCACAAAGGGUCCGGUGGGGGCGGUGUACACCUGGGUUCGAGGUCAGUCGGUGAAGGCAAAGACAGCUCUUGGAGCUUUAGCCGCUUUGGUUGUUCUCGCCGCGCUGUGGGCGUUGGUCCACAACCACAACCACUUCUUCGUUGCCUCAGAGGCCGUGCACGCCGCCGGCAUCAUCGUCCUCAUCUACAAGCUCUCUAGUCUGAAGACAUGCUCCGGCCUUUCCUUAAAGUCUCAAGAGCUUACAGCAAUAUUUUUGGCUGUGAGGUUUUAUUGCAGUGUCAUCAUUGAGAAGGAUGUUCAUACUGUUCUUGAUCUGCUGACUUUAUUUUCAACAAUUUGGGUUAUAUACAUGAUGAGAUUCAAGUUGAAUUCAAGCUACACUAAGGAACUCGACAAUAUGCCUACAUACUAUUUGUUGGUUCCAUCUAUUGUGCUUGCCAUAUUUGUCCACCCUUUCCUGUAUAAGCACCACAGCAGAUUUCUUUGGGCCUUUUCUGUGUACCUGGAAUCUGUGUCUGUGCUUCCUCAACUCAGAUUGAUGCAAAAUGCAAAGAUGGUGGAGCCUUUUACAGCCCAUUAUGUAUUUGCCCUGGGCGUUGCUAGAUUCUUGAAUUCUGCUCAUUGGAUAAUUAAGGUUGUUGAUACCGGUGGAUCUUUCCUGACUGGCUCAUCAUCUGCGGUUUUCUGGACUCCGGCCGUCCUCAUUGCAGAACUCGUUCAGACACUAAUCUUGGCUGAUUUUUGCUACUACUAUAUUAAGAGCGCCAUGCUUGGCCAACUGAUGCGAUUGCCUUCAGCACAUGGAAUGAGAGAUAUCUAACUAGAUGAAUGUUAGUACCUUAGGUAAUACGUAAAAUGAGGAUUCUUUAGUUGAUGGUCAUGUAUAUAUAUAUAUAUAUAUAUAUAGAUUGUUUGCAGGAAGAAUCCUGCAUGAAUUCACUUGACUUAUCAUGUAAAAUGGAUGCCGUUUUCUUUAGCAGGAUGUUCUGAAUGAUUUUUACUUCCUGCUAUUUCUGAUCCGUUUUCUUGGCUCUAGUUCGCAGGGUUCUCUGCGCAGCACUAUUUAUUGUUAAGAGCCUGUUCUUAUUUUCGUUUUUAAUUUAAGUGGCUACAGUUGCUAGUAUUGCAACUUCUGCCACCUAAUAUCUAUGCUAAGUAAUUUCUUAUAAAGAUUGUCUGAAGAAACUUCUUGUCAUUGUUGAUUGCUCGAGCUUGAGCGAGCUCAGGCUUGGCUCAUAUUUUGCUC